GUACCUGAAGUAAGAGAGCAUCCUGAUGUAGCACCAUAUAACCGCUACUUAAGAUUCAUAAAAGCUACUAAUAAACUUUCCUUACAUGACUUAGAGAUCAGGCAUGACGAAUUAAGACAUAUAACUGAUUCGCACGAUCCAAAGAGACUUGCAUUUUUCAUUGAUGUAAAACUUAAUAAUAAU